AUGAACGAAGCCUACGAGCGCGAGCGACAAAACAACUCCCGCCUCGAGGAACUCGCCUCCAAAGUCUCCGCCCUCCGCGACGUCACCAUCGACAUCUACGACAAUGCGCGCGACCAGAGCGUUAUCGACAGUACCUCCGAAACCUUCUCCUCCUUCUCUACCUCUCUAAAGGGCAGCGCCACACGUCUAGGCCGCAUGGCGGCGAGCGGGAAUAAAGUCGCGGUGCUGAAGCUCGCAGGGAUAAUAGUCGCCGUUGUGUUGGUUUUAUAUUGGGUGGCUGGGUGGUUGUUCUGA